UUCUGUGGCACUGAAGGGUCAUCUCGGGGACUGAGCCCUGGGGAGGAGGGCGGGGGCGCGGUUUCAUAAAGCGGGGAAAGAAAAGCGUGGACUGACGGGAGUGUGGGGAGCAGCUAUGAUGGAAGUGGGCGAAGUCUCCGAUACAGACAGCGAUGAGACGAUAGUUGAAGGGUGCGUGGUUGAGAGCGACCUGGAAGAAAAAGAGCUUGGUGCAAAAAGAUUAUCUUUAGUGGAUAAAGACAUGGUAUUAGCAAGGGAAAUCAGCGUUACUUCAGAAGAAGCUAAUACAUAUGGAGAAAAGCUUUCCCCAAACAUUCCAUUUAAUAGCCUCAAAUUCCAUGUCCAGAAACAACUGGAACUAUUUAAUCUGCCAUAUCAAGAGAUUAAUGAAAAUGAAGAAUCUCAAUCUCUGCUUCCGAUUGAAUUAAACAAUGCUGUCAAUGCCACAAAUAUUGGUCAACUUGAUUGUAUAUCAGCAGCAACUGUUAAUGGAGAAUAUAAAUGCAUUGGUUUAGAAUCUAAAAUGCCUGGAUUUCUUGAGAUGUCACACCAAAAUGAUGAUUCUCUAGAAGAAAGUCUUCCCUCAAAUAUGAAUGCAGUAAAGUCAUUCUCAAAUGAUGUGCCAAAAUACCCAGAAACAUCAAUGGCUUUCCAAAGUAUUGGAAUCAUCAGUGGCAAGAGUGAUAUCGCAGAUAAUGACCCGUUUCAUGAAGCAAUAGCAACUAAUGAGACAAUAAAUAGUAUGGCAACUAAAAUGUUUGACGUGAAACAAUUAAUAAAACCACUUGAUGAAUUUGAAACCAACCAAAUGUCUGACAUGUUAGAAUAUCAGAAUGAUAAUUUUUCCAUAGAUACAUCUGUAAAUGAGGAGAGUAAUACUUUUCCAGAAGAGCUUCUCACAGCUCUAAACACCCUGACAGAAUCUGUAGUAGCAGUAGAAGACAGAAUUGGAUCAAGCACAACAGAGAAGCAGCUAACACCCGAACAGGCAGAUGAUGAUGCCACAGAAAUAAUAGAAACAGAUUUGAAAUCUCAGUGUCAUUUGCAAUGCCAUGAAAAACCAAAAGCUUUAAUGAUAGCCAAGAUGUCAUGCACUUCAGGCAAACACGUAUGUAAAUACAUAUAUACAGAGAGUGAGUGAGUGAGUUAAUAGAAAAAAAAUAAGCUAUGUUCACAAGUUUAUAUUCUUAGAUCAGUAAUGUAUGUUUUAAUUGAUGUUCAGCUUUUUUAAAAAAAUAUCUUGUUAUCUCAGAGUUACUGGCUAAAUCUGUUUUUUUCCCCAGACCCCUCCUUGGGCUGUACCAAAUGUUUCUUGUGGGUUGGGAAAUUAGUCUGCAUCUUCUCUCAAACUGAAGGGUUGAGAAGGGACAGAGAAGAGAAAUGCAUAAGCAAUAUUUUAAACUGAUCUGUCAGAGUCAUUCGUUUAAAUUAAAUGUGCUAAAGUUAUUUUCUAUGCCCUGGUUCCUUUUUAUUAAUCUGGCCACGUACUUCAAAAAAUUACAAGUUAUCCCUGUAAAUCGCUCCUGCUUCUUUUUCUCUAUACAGUAUGAAAUCCCAGGGAUCUUAUGCUGUAUCACCUGUCUGUCCACACUCCAUUCCGUGUGUCAACCCAUACCUCCCUAUCUGUCUUUGCUCUAUAAUACCUAGCUGCAGCUUCCCCCACAACACCUAGACAUACACAUAUCCUCCUCCUUACCUGCAAGUUUUGUCUCUUCCCAUUUUAUGACUUGCACCAUUCUCCAAGUAGGUGGAGACAUCAUCCGGGCAUGGGUAUGACUCUGUCAGUAUCCAAUAUGACUGGGUUUACAAGUAUUAAAGCCACGCCCACGAAGCUCCUCCCCAGAAAUAGACUCAGUCGAUCCUUCGAUUAGCUGUGUCUCCCUAUUUCUUCUUGCUAAUUUCCUUUACCUUUUGCUAAAAAUCCUUCAAAAUCUUUUCCUUU